AUGGAAUAUGUUGGUGAAAAAUCCGCAUAUGUUUUCUAUCUCUGGUUUCUCGUAUUAAGAAAAAAGAAUUCUCUGCGCAGAGAAGUCGGAAAGGGGAGGCGCGGCCAAGGGCAGCGGCGGUCACGUGUCCCACAAUUAGCGAGGCUGAUCCGCACCACAAUUGUAUCAUCCAAGAUCGGUGCACCGCAAGACGUCUCGACUCAACCACUCAACGCCCAACGACCAGAUCUCGUCUCGACCGGCUACGCAUCGGCAGCAUUCAAGAUGCGUACCUACGACGACACCUUCAGCGGCCAGAAGAUCUACCCUGGCAAGGGUAAGCUGUACGUCCGUGGCGACAGCAAGAUCUUCCGCUUCCAGAAUGGAAAGUCCGAGUCUCUCUUCCUGCAGCGCAAGAACCCUCGCCGGAUAGCUUGGACCGUCCUGUACCGUCGCCAGCACAGGAAGGGUAUCUCUGAAGAAGUUGCCAAGAAGCGUACCCGCCGUGUCAUCAAGUCCCAGCGUGCUAUUGUCGGUGCCUCCCUCGACGUGAUCAGGGAGCGACGAAGCAUGCGCCCCGAGGCCCGUGCUGCCGCUCGUCAGCAGGCCAUCAAGGACGCCAAGGAGAAGAAGGCUGCCGCGGAGAGCAGGAAGAAGGCGGAGAAGGCCAAGCAGGCGGCCCAGGCUGCUCAGGGCAAGGUCCAGCGUAUCCAGAGCAAGCAGGGUGUGAAGGGCGCUCCUCCCAAGGUCACCGCUCGGUCUCGUUAG